AUGACAAAACUAUCUUUGGCAACAAUAUUGUCAUAUUUAGGAACAUUUUGACUAGGAAUUUUAUGUUGUCAAGCUACAGUUAGUCUUGCAGCAUGCUUAUAUGCCCUUUUAUCAUCUUCUAAUGAUUGUGAAGACCCUGUAAGAGCAUGGCUCAUAGUCCAAGCCAGUGCAUUACCGGGAUUAUUGCUAAUUUAUCUAUUUACGAAAAAGUUUGGACUUAUUUUAUGAACUUUGUUUAUAAUACCAUGGGCUGCAUUAGGAACUAUAUGGGCGAUUGAUGGAGAUUGCAGCAAUGAUUUCCCUGAAGGAUAUGUUGCAGCAGGAAUUUUGAUAAUCACAGACUACACUCUUCUCGGCCUUAUUACUAUUGCAGCGUGUAUAUUUGGAAUAUCUGCUUGCAUUGGCCAAGGACUGCUGUCAGAAUAUCAAGAGAUUAAAUAA